AUGAGCUCGACAGUGACACAGGAGGCCGUUCAGCAUGCCUCCGGAGACCCAGAAUUAGCCUUCAUUCACGACGAAACGAGUGCCCCGCCAAAGUUCAGAGAUCCACUUGAGGAGCGUGCAUAUCUCAAACAUCGACUGGUGCUCGCCUUCCGCGUCUUUGCUCAGUUCGGAUUCUGUGAAGGCGUUGCCGGUCAUAUCACUGUGCGAGACCCCGUGGACCCGACUAGCUUCUGGGUGAAUCCCUUUGGGAAGCAUUUCAGUCUCAUCAGGGAUGAAGACCUCAUCCGUGUCGACCAUUCGGGAAAAGUAGUCGAAGGCGGCAAGAAUCGGAGACUGAAUUACGCUGCCUAUGCGAUUCACUCUGAAAUUCAUUCGGCGCGCCCUGAUGUGCUUUGCGCAGCCCAUUCUCACAGUGUGUACGGGCGUGCCUUUUGUGCUACGGGCAGGACAUUGGAUAUGUUGACGCAAGACUCUUGCGUGUUCCACAAUGACCAUAUCUUGUACUCCAAUUUCGCCGGUGUGGUGCUCGCGUCGGAGGAGGGAAAGGCAAUUGCAAAACAACUGGGACCAAAGAAGGCGGCACUGCUUGGUAACCAUGGUCUAUUGACAGUUGGUCCGUCAAUUGAGGCGGUUGUUGCCUGGUUUGUGCUGCUGGAUAAAUGCUGCCAGGUUCAACUGGCCGCUGAUGCGAGCAGUAAUGGGUCAGGGAAGCCGUUGGUAAAGAUUGGAGAGGUCGAAGCUGCUUCGACCUGGCAGGCCCUUGGUCAUCCAGCUGGUGGUUAUUUCAUGGGGCUGCCCCUUUUUCAAGUUGCUGAACGAGAGUUUGGAGAGUCAACAUUCUUGGGAAGAGGUUUAGAGCCAGAUGAGUAG